AUGGCUUCUUUCUUCGGAUUCGCUUCAGCGCCGGUGGAUGUGGAAAUUCGUUUAAACGGAGAGGACGAUCGGAAGCAAGUCGAAGUAAAGGGGGAGCACGACAAGAAAGAACUCUGCCCUGUGUACUAUGAUGGCGAAAGCGUGGAAGGCAAGGUUGUCGUUCGCGUUAAGGACGGGAAGAAGUUCCAACACGAUGGUAUCCGCAUUGAACUUGUAGGUUCCAUCGAGCUGUUCUACGAUCGGGGCAAUCGCUAUGACUUUGUAUCUCUCAGUCAAGAGCUUGCGGGGCCAGGAGAGAUGAGGCAGGCUCAGACCUUUGACUUCACAUUCAAGAAUGUUGAGAAGCAAUACGAGAGCUACUCGGGAAUAAAUGUGAAGCUGAGGUAUCACUUGAAAGAUGUCAUCGUUGGCAAGGUCUACUUCCUGCUAGUCAGAAUCAAGAUCAAACAUAUGGAGCUCUCCAUAAUCCGCCGCGAAACUACCGGCGCCGCACCCAACCUGUACAACGAGUCGGAGACGAUCACGAAGUUCGAGAUCAUGGACGGAGCUCCCGUGCGAGGAGAGACAAUCCCCAUUCGACUAUUUUUGGGAGGCUUUGAGCUGACACCGACAUUCCGUGACGUGAACAAAAAGUUCUCCACUCGAUACUUUCUCAGUUUAGUCCUCAUCGACGAAGAGAAUAGAAGGUACUUCAAGCAGCAAGAAAUUACGCUGUACCGCAUCCCGUUUCCGCUGACAGUGCUAGGUAUGCUCUUCGAAUUGCAGGCUAUCGAUAAGCGCCUCAAUCAGAAGGUACUUUUGAUGCAGGAGGCGGCCAGUGCUGCUCAGAAGGCUCAAGACUCUCUCGCAAGCUUCUCGUUGGAUCUUGGCUCGCUCAUCGGCCGCGAUGCUUCCAAAUCUCCGCGAUAUCCGGAGAAGUACAUCAAGACUUUGGAUGGUAUUCUUCAGAAAGUCGCUAUGGGCCAGGAUUCUAAGUUCCGGCGGGCUGUGGCCUUCUUCUGGUCGUCGAGCUGGGCGGAUAAGACGUUUCAGCGACAACUGAAAGAGUCUCGCAAACUCGAAGACAUCAUCCUUGCCUUCGUUUCAGCGGCGACCAAAUCUCUACGGAAGGAACACGAUUUAGCAGAUGGGGGUUGGAAAGCCGAACUCAACCCCCAGAUUCUCAUGUUUUUGGAUUUGCUACACGACAGUCUGAGCUCAGUAGGGUCAGGGGGGACAGAACUGCGGGCACGCUUGUCCACAUAUCGCUCUCGCCUCCAAAGCGACAACACUGGAGUCACAUCUUCAGCACCGACCGUGGGUGCAUUGCCAGAAGACAAUCGUCCGAUGGCUCGUUCUGCCUUUGAACUCGAUGUUGUCCUGAAAGUUCUACCCGUUGAGUCUUCCAAAUUAGCUGAGGCCGUGGAUGCCCUUCGCAGCAGCAGCUCUGUGGAAGCUGCUCUUGAGGAUCUCAAGAGAUUGGACGCCGGAAACGAAAGCCCUUACGACCGCGAUGAGUUUGCAGAUGAGCGAACGUGGUCAGACUUUCAAGCCCGAGAAAGGUCUGCACUAUUACAACUCUCGCGAGAGCUUCAAAACCUAGAGUUGACGAAAGAUCGCAGCGGCGAUCGAAGCGAGGUGAACGGGAUCACUGCUGCCCUGGACAGCACGGGGCUGGGACCUCAUCGCUUCUUCUAUAUUCCAACAGACCCACGCCAAACUUAUCGUCAACUCUUACGCGUGUGCUUGGAUUAUGACCUUCAGGUGCUUCGCACUCUGCCGGAGGACCAAGACGUCUCGCUUGGCAUUCUUUCCGCCGAGCAUACCGACUUUCUCACUGAAUGCGCCAAUCGGUGGCGACUGCCUUUGUCCUUCCGAUCCUGGGUGUUCUUGGAGGCAAUCCAAGAGCAUUACGAGCACGGCGAGGUACCCCCCGACUGCGUUUUUGAAGCUGUGGGAGGGGUAGGACGCGCUUCACAGGAGCUGCCAGUGUCCGAAUGGCCAGUAUCAGAUCAGAGCGGCCUGCAGACUGUGCUACUUCGAAGAAACACCUUCUUUCUAAACGAUGUCGAGGUGGCUUUGACUUCCCCCAAAGGGUAUCUCUCCCCAGAAUUCCGCCAGGCGGUGUCUCAAUGGCAAUUACUUGAUGCCACUGACGAGGACCACGUGGUGUUGCAGCGGAUACAACGCGCGAUCUGCGAUCGCUUGCGGCAACAAGCCUACACCAACUACAUUGAUGAAGCAAGCGAGAUGUACGCUAGAGAGGGAGGGAAGAACAGACAAUUUGCUCUGGCUCUGGCAUCGUGGAUCGAGUCAGGUGCUAAGAAGUUGGACAAGUGGUUCCCCGAACCCAUAUCCCCUGCCAACAGCCACUCAUCUUCGGUGACCGACCUCUUCGAUUCUUUCCACAGCGCUAUCUCGUUCCUCCUGGGUCUGAGAUGGGAUGACCCGGAACAAAUGGCUACUUUCGCAACGCGCUUGGCAAAGUCUUGUGUGAAAUUGAACAACAUUGACGCGAUGCGCCACCAACUUGACCGCCUGUACCUGGACAUGCGCGUUGAUGAGUUCGCGUCUCUGGACGUCAACCAACCGGUGUCUGCUUCUACGGGACAGAGCUCUCUGUUCACCAUCAAAAUUGUCUUAGGGGAAGGGCUUCAAGUCGAUGGUGGCGCCAAAGCUCCGGACAGCUUUGUGGUGCUUUCAGAUGAACAUGGCAAUCGAUACGCCAAGACCCGCACUAUUUACGAUGACUUCGAUCCGCGAUGGGAUGAAACGUUCGACAUCGCUAUCCGGCAACCAUCCUGGUUCAUGGUCACCGUCCGUCAUCGCAGUCUGUCAGGAAAGCAUGACCUUGUUGGCCGGGCCUACCUUCGACUCGACCCCUCGCAAUACGUGGAUUUCAUAAGCAAAGACGUUCUGUUACCUUUGAACACCAAGGGACACGUCUUGCUGCGCGUUAGCAUGGAAGGGGAACGUGAUGAUAUCCAGUUCCAUUUCGGCAGAGCCUUCCGAUGGCUGAAACGAACCGAGUCCGACAUGAUGACUCCCGUAUUGCGACAUACACUGUCGAGGAACAACAUCAAGUCGGUACUGAAACCCAACACCGGCAUUGACUACAACGACGCGUUGCGUAUCUCCAAUGACGCCAUAGGCCGGAUCUCGGCGGCGUAUCGUAACGCUGUUAGUGCAGCUCAAGGCGAUUACAGUAUUCCAUUGCCGCCAUCCGAGGUCCAAUCCGCGAAGUCGCAAUCUGCAACUCUUAAGCGCGGCCCUACAGAAGCAGAAAUCGAAACUGCGAUCCACCCUCUCUUCGAUUAUCUGGAUACCAACAACCACACCCUUGCUUCAACUCUCUCCUCUGACGCCAUGCAAAUGGUGAUGGCGAAGCUCUGGAAGCAGAUCCUGACGACUAUUGAGGCUCUCAUAGUGCCUCCGCUGAGCGAUAAGCCGAGCCAAAUGCGUGCCUUGUCGCAUAGCGAGCUGGACAUCGCUCUCCGGUGGUUGAAAUUCUUGAGAGACUUCUUCUUCGCAGGGGGUGACGACAGUGGGGUACCGCUCAACAUCCUGCAGAACGCGAAAUUUAACGAGAUCAUGAGCGUCAGCAUGUACUACGAUUGGAGCACCGACGAACUUAUGGAGGUAGGCGCUUACUCUGUUGACCCGAGCUGA